CGGGGAUUGGCUGAUUGGCAGUAUCGUCCCAGGGCAGCCAAUCUGGAAACCCGAGUAGCCGAAGAAGGUGCUGGCUGCCGCGCGGCGGUGUUUGCUUUAUGGACCAUGUGCUGCUAUGUAUGCCUAAAGUACUUGAAAUGCAAAUUUGCGAAGGCUUUGCCGUCUAAAUGCUUGGCUGGAUUAAGCGCCUGAUGAGGAUGGUUUUUCAGCAGGUUGGAGUAAGCAUGCAAUCGGUACUUUGGUCAGGAAAGCCAUAUGGUUCAUCUCGAAGUAUUGUAAGGAAAAUUGGUACCAACUUAUCUCUGAUCCAGUGUCCAAGAGUUCAAUUUCAGCUUACUAGCCAUGUGACAGAAUGGAAUUCCAGCCACCCACGAGAGGAUGCAGUGGCAUCUUUUGCUGAUGUUGCAUGGGUAGCCACAGAAGGAGGAGAGUGCUCAACAAGACUCAGAACAGAGGUCAGGUCCAGUCUACCCCUUCAGGAUGGCCAUUUCUUUGAGAAGCCCCCAAGCAGGCAUAUUUCCUUACCAAACUUGUCCCGAGAAGAGCCUCCACCAAAGACUAUAGCACUGGCGAACGAGGAAGCACUGCAGAAGAUCUGUGCACUUGAAAAUGAACUUGCUGCUCUCAGAGCUCAGAUUGCUAAAAUUGUGAUCCUGCAAGAGCAACAAAAUCUCACUGCAGGUGACUUAGAUUCUACCACAUCUGCUACUACAGUACCACCUCCCCCACCUCCACCUCCACCACCACCACCCCUUCUAGUGGGGCUCCACCAAAAUGUAUCUGCUAUUGAUCUGAUUAAAGAACGUAGAGAGCAAAAAGCCAAUUCUGGAAAGACUUUGGCUAAGAACAACCCAAAGAAACCUGACAUGCCAAAUAUGCUAGAGAUCCUUAAAGAUAUGAACAGUGUAAAGCUUCGGUCAGUCAAGAGGUCAGAGGAAGAGGUAAAGCCCAAGCCAGUGGAUGCUACUGACCCUGCUGCUCUCAUAGCAGAGGCUCUGAAAAAGAAGUUUGCUUAUCGGUAUCGAAGCAACAGCCAAAGUGAAGUUGAAAAAGGAAUUCCAAAGUCUGAAUCAGACACCACCUCAGAGACAGUUUUGUUUGGGCCACAUAUGUUGAAGUCUACAGGAAAAAUGAAGGCUCUCAUUGAAAAUGUUUCAAACUCCUAAUGGACAGUGAACUAAGAGAGGUUAUCCUGGUUCAGCUAUUUGUGAGGGCUCAGUUUGACUAGUAAAAAUCACCACUGUAUAGUAAAUACCUUUAAUAUUCAUUGGUUUCCUUUUUAACCUAAUUGGAGGAUUAAGCAAUAAUGAAAAUGCUGUAAGUUUGGUUCUGAUAAUGUUUUUGAUGUGUUCAGAUGUCCAGUCUUGAAAACAUUUGUAAGAAUUCAGAACACAGAAAAGACAUUUGUGUUGUUACACAUUUUUAAUUCUUAACACUAAUUUAUCUGUACAAAUGUUUUAUGUGAAUAUAUCUGGAUAUAAAACAGUUCACAUAAAAAUUAAUGAUGGCAAAUGAGGGUACUAUUAUCUUCAUUCAUUUUCAAGAAUCGCUUACUAUUCAGUGAUAGAACAGCUGGUAUAACCGAAGUUGUUGAAAUGAAAUAUUUGAGAUUGGAAUCUUCUUGCCUUGAAUAGAACUUACAUAUUGGAUUUCCUCCCAUGUUUUGGAGGUGGGUUUUGCAUGGAACUGGAUGAUGUUCACUGCUAAGAUUCUAUAAUGCUUUCCAUUAGAGCAAAAUUGAGGACAGGGAAGGCUUGCAUGCACAUUAUUGCCAUCCAGUGCUGAGGAAGCAAAUGUAGUUUCCAAGUAGUGACAAAUCAAAGUAUUGAAUUUAAUUACUUUUUAGGUAAAAACCUUCUUUCUUUUCAGUUUAAUAAAUGACAUCAAAAGAUGACUUAUUGCUGAGUUAAUGCUAUUUCUGGAAAUGUCAGCAUAAUGGAGUUAAACAUUUUUAAAUAUUGGUCAAAAUAUUAAUGCUAUUUAUAAGGAAACAUUAUCAAACAGGCAAAUGACUUUCCUAUGAAUUAUUUAUUAUUGGUCACAAUGCUGUUCCAAGAAUUAUAUUAUGCACAAACUUUGGGUGCUAUUAGAAAGUAGAAGCUGGGUGUGGCGGCACACACCUCCAGCACUCGGCAGGCUGAGGCAGGAGGACUGCUAAAAGUUCGAGACCAGCCUGGCCUACAUAGUAAGUUCAAGGCCAGGCCAGCUUGAACUAUGUAAUGAGACCGUGUCUUAAAAAAAAAAAAAAAAUUAAAAAAUUAAAAAAUUAAAUUUAAAAAAAGCGGAGAACUGGAGCCUGAGCAGCUUAAUGAGAGCUUGUCUCAAAAUAAGAACUGCCUUUUUCACCUAGGGCUUAUGACCUACUAUAAGUGACCAUUUUAAAAUGCUUAAUACAUUCUCAUGACUUCCUCUUUCUGCUGAACUCAGCCAUAGUUAGGUCAGAAUCUCCUACCAUAAGUAAAUAUUUGCAUUUGUUACUUAAAUCUAUGGAAAAGUUGUACUUCCUGGGCGGAUUAAGAGAUGGGAAGAGUAGAUUGACGUUUUAAGUUAUUGAAAUAUGUUGUUUUAAAUAGGAACAAAAAUUAUUUUAGGUAAUUUACAUAGUUUGGUUAUUUAGCCUAAAUUUGAACUGUUGAAUGUUGAUGUACAUUGUUUCUAAAUAUCUUAUGGUUUAAAAAUUCUGCCUUUUAAGAAAAGAAUUUGCCUGAUAUAUAUUUUGACCUCUUAAGAAACUUAUAUUUGUAUUAGUAUUAAAUUCUGGCUAUGUUCUAAUAUUUGGAAGUAACUUAAAAUAAAGCAAACUCUUUUAUUCUCUAUGGA